GUUGAGGGGCGAGGGGUAACGCCGGUGUGUGAGGGAGGUCUGGGGCGGCCUCUUCCCGCUCCCAGCGCCGGCUUGGCGAAGUGAGAGCAACAGAGGCAAGCUCAGGACUCUCGGGCAGGGAGGGAAUUAUGCUUGUGUGGAGUUUCAGCCUGCCAGUACGGGAUUGUAUCCAAAGUAGCUGCUCUCAAGGGAGGACGAGGGUGUGCUAGACAAAGGCGUGGAAGUAAAGCAUUGCACACUAAAUAUCUAGGUUGCCUUUGGUUUUACUUGACUUUUUAUAUUGCAUGUGAUAAAACCUCCCUCACUUGGAUUUCUGCUAAGACAGGAUAGCCAACUGCCUGUUACGGAGGCAAGUACUGAAAAUACCUGGAAGAUGUAUACCCUAGCCUACAAAAAUUGAAACACCGAGCCAUCUUGCAAAGCAUACAGAACUGGCCCCUGCUUCUAAACAGUCAAAAGUAUCGAGUCAUGACCUUAGCUGUGAAAGCUUCAGGAAUCGCUUUGAUCCAAACUAUAUUCCAGCCCUCUCUAAAUGUCACUUCUUGCUUCCUUCUUUCAGUGCUAUCUGUUGGUCUUUUUGACCUGUUUUCACUUAGGGCAGCUGAACGGACUCGUUUUCUCUGCCAUCAGAAUGCUGAGUUGGUGAGGCAGCACCUCAGUGGCAUGACCGGAGCUUCCCUGAGGAAAUGAGCUGGCUUGCUGUGAGAGUCUUUGCAAAAAGAACAGGCUCAAGUCUCCACAAAGACUGUCCUCAAAGGCUAAAUUUUCUUGUCUGGAAAGAAAAAUAGUUUUAUUUAGUAUCUUGCAGUUAUUCUGGAGAUAGAUGUAAACUAAAUGGAAGUUCCAAAGAGGUUUUUGGCAUGCUCGCUUCUUCUAAUUAAUUACCAUGCUAUCGUAUCCUUGAACCUGUAUUUCAAGCCCAUACAUUCCUACCGCUGUCUCCAUUUAAUAAUAAGACUCAGUGGACGAAGUAAAUUAGGUUUCACCUCCUGUUCAUCUCUGAGUAUACAAGCUACCCGCCUCCUCGACUGCUACGCUGUCCUCUGUGAACAGCUGCUCGUAAUGGCUGCUAAGAGGAAGACUUUAGGUUUGCUUUUUAUUGUCUAGUUGGAACGUCGUGGAGCCAUAAACUUCCAGCUUUUUAAUCAUAUGGACAAUCUUUUUUUUUCUUCUUUUGCUUGAGUCGGUUGAAUUCUGAUAGCAAGUUUGAAGCAACGUGAUGGACGCCAAUACAGAGUUUAACUUGCAUGAGCAUCAAUCAGUUUGUGGCUAAUUCAAGUAAUCUUAUUUGCUAAGGAGUCGUUCAUAUGCUAGGCGAUAUCCAAACAUAAAUGUAAGGACUUAGUAUUGUCACUGAUACAAAGCAUUUUUAAUUCAUUUAGUAUAAAUUAAUGUUGUUACUGGUUAAUCUUGUUUGGAACUGAGGAGAUCUUGCUGACAUCUUCAGAUGGGCUGCUGCUUACAGAUGUGUUCUAAAAGAACUCGAAUCACUGGGGAAAGCACUGUAUGGAGCAAAAUUAAUUGCCCAAAGAUUUCAAGUUCAGAACUGUUCUCACCAGAAGGAUCCUGUGAGUGGUUCGGCCUGUUUGCUUUCCAUGAUUGAAGAAGGCAACCCUCAUCACUUCUUCAUCGCUACACAGGACCAGGAUUUAGCAAACAAAGUGAAAAAGAAGGCUGGCGUUCCUCUCCUCUUUAUUAUUCAGAACACCAUGGUUCUGGACAAACCUUCUCCUAAGUCUUUGGCAUUUGUUCAAAAGUUGCAGACAAACCAGCUUGUUCCAGAGCACCAAAAACAAAGUAUUGUGCAGCUUAAAGAAAAAGAAGGACUCGCAAAGCAAGAAGGUGAAAAGAGAAGAAAACGUAAAAGGGCAGGCGGCCCCAAUCCCCUCAGCUGUCUGAAGAAGAAAAAGAAGAAAGCAGAGGAGGGUCAGGAGCCUUCUGCUGAAAAGAAGAAAAGAAGAAAACGAAAGCGAAAUAGGGUUAAAGCAGAAGCCGUGCAGUCAGUGCAGAAGAAUGAAGAAGAAUAACCCCAUCUUUGUAAACAAUGCAGGACUUGCACUUUGUUUGAACUUUGCAAAAUAAUAAUAUGCAGUCUCGGGAAAUCCAGUUGCUAACAUUAAAACUUUAUUUUUAUGAGGUGGUACUGCUUAUUACUGCAUCUCAAC